AUGACUCGAAACAACCUCGCCGAGCACCUUACCUGGCUGUUGAGCAACAUCACAUCCACCAAGCCUGCGCCUCGAUCCUAUCCCAGUGCCAGCGACCCCGUGUCCCAGCAGUUGUCCCAAUCGCGAAGGGCGCUGCCCCCGACGAGGACUCGAUCCAGGCCCUCGUCCGUCUCUGCGCCUCGACCUGGCCCCAGAACUCUCCAUCCUGCCUCGAGAGAGGCCUGUGAAUUGGCCGGGGGAGGGGAUGACUUGCUGCCGCAACAACUCCUAACCCCGUCCACGACAAGCGAUGGGCGGGGGAAGCAGCAUGCCGGUCAAGGACACACGAACACUCCUGGGUCGCGCGCCUUAGCGUUAGACAAGGGUCCUCGGCGGGCGCCUUCGCCGAACCUCAGCCUCGACUUCACUGACUUUGAUGCCGACGAUUUGGAAUGCAUGGAUCUUACCGAAGCCACCGCCGCCUCUUCCGGCUCGCUCGAGUUUGGAGAUGAUGUCAGGCUAUGGGAUGAAAAGUCGGCGGUAUGGUCUCCGGUGCCGUCCAAGACCCCCAAAAAGCGAAAAAGCGACGGCAUCGGCAGUGAUGAGGAUGGCCACGAAGAACAGUUCCCCGAUGUCUAUCAGCUACUGGGGGCAGACCCGCCCACGUCCACACCCCGGAUAAGAUCUGCAGCGCGUCGGGCUGACGCCUCGGGUAGUGCUCAGUCACGGCGAGGUCGAGCUGGCAAGGAACCCGUCGACGGCCAAUCUGCUCACGCGAGAAGAAGCGGCGCUCUCCAGAGUGUCAUGGAAGAAGCAUCUUCGCCGUCAAGGCGGAUAGCGGAUCGACGCGAGCUUUCCGGAAUCAAUCAAACGCCCAGCACGAACCGUCAAACUGAACGUACAAGGGACAGCCACAAAAAACGCAAAGUAGCCGUCGAGGCGCCCUCUUUUCCAUUGUCUUCCGAGGAGGAGGCGUUCCAACAGGCCGAGCAGGCUGACAAACCGAGGGAAAACGAUUUUGUACCCGAUUCCGAAGACGAAUUCGUCACGCCACCGUCUCACAUGGGAGUGAACCGGCUUUCCAAGGAGGCUCCUAGCAGCCAGUCUAGGCUUGUGGAAUCAGAACCCCCGGCGGACCCACCUCCCGAACGGCACGAUGGUUUGAGCGACUUUGAUGUCCCGGCUCCUUCGCGUUAUGGAGACGCUUCUUGGAAGACAUCCGCACCAGAAGGAAUAGGAGGCUCAGGUGCCAGCUGCACGAGUGCGGCUGGUAGUACCUUUGGUGCCUUGGCACCCGAUCCUUGCAUUCCCCCUUCCAGCCAGACGCCGAGGCUCCUUACGUUUCUGUCGGCCAAUCCGGAAGCAUUGAGCACAAGACAUGCUCUGCUAGAGACGCAGGUCCUGCAGAAUGGCCAAGACUUUAUGCGAGCGAUCAACGAAAGAUGGCCCAAGGAGAGGCGCAGCGAGGUCAAGGCCGAGAAGGAGCGGUUGCUGAGACAGCAAACUGCCGUCAAAGAUCUGACCAACUCCAUGGAUUCGUACAGAUCGAUUUGCCAACGGCGAGAAACACUUGCGAAGCAAAUCGCCCAAUCUUAUGCAGAUGGGCUCGAUACUGACGACGACGAGAUUCAGCUCGACGAGCUCACCGACCAGGUACAGACAAUGGAGCAGCAGCUUAUCCUGACCUUGUCCGAGGCUGGGCUGGAUGAGGGAAUCUUCUCCGAGCCCGUGCUGAACUCUGCCUCAGCCGUGAGAAAUAGAGGCUCCGUCGUGUUCAGCACGCAGCCCAUUGACGGCAGCACGAUCGAGGGAUCUCGAAGCCCAAGAGGAUCGCUACCAGCCAGGGCCACCGGGACACAGGUCGUCCAUCAGACACAACUGCCCGCUGCGUCGCAGUCUCGCCUGCGGAAUGACUUCGUACCACCAGCAGCGACAAUCUCGCGAAAUGAUUCAACGUCUCGAGACGACAAGGAUUGGUCCAAGCCGCCGCUCGCAAGAGAUGCAACGGGCCCCUUGAAGGCCCUCAGUCGAUCCAGGUCGAAAAAACCGAGCGACACCAACGCCAACGCGGGUUUCAUCUCGGAUUUUCAAGACGACGAGAUGAUGGCUCUUCCCGUGGUCCGUCGAAGAGCCACACAAGCGGAGAUGCGUGGCACAACGACACCGAGAAGUCGCGUCCAUGCUGCCGAUGACAAUUUCAGCGACUUCAGCGACGACGACGCCAUGUUGGCUUUUGCCCAAGACUAUGAGACCCGUCAGUCCGCAGGAGAAUCGUACGAAGGGUCUCACCGGGUCCUUUUGGAAACAUCAGGGAACGUCUUGCCCCCGGCAAAGGCACGCAACCCUUCAAGAAGACAGGCGGCGCCGGUCUUGCCUCCACUGAGCAUCCCCCCGGAGCUCAUGAAGCACUCGUGGUCUCCCGAAGUACAGAAGAUACUCAAGGAUCGGUUCAGGAUGAAGGGAUUCCGCCACAACCAGCUGCAGGCGAUCAAUGCAACGUUGGCUGGGGAAGAUGCCUUUGUCUUGAUGCCCACGGGCGGCGGCAAGUCCCUCUGCUAUCAGCUUCCAGCGGUGAUUCGGACAGGCAAGACGAGGGGCGUCACCAUCGUGGUUUCGCCCCUCCUCAGUCUGAUGCAAGAUCAAGUCGAUCACAUGAAGGCCCUGGGCAUCCAAGCUGUUGCUUUCAACGGCGAGUGCUCGGCAGAGUACAAGAGGCAGGUGAUGAGCGCAUUCAACGAGCGCAGCCCAGAACACUUCAUUGAGCUGCUCUACGUUACUCCCGAGAUGGUCAGCAAAAACGCAGCCUUCAACAGUGGGAUGCAGAGCCUGUAUCGCAAGGGCAAGUUUGCCCGGCUCGUCAUCGAUGAGGCCCAUUGUGUGAGUCAAUGGGGACACGACUUUCGGCCGGAUUACAAGACUCUCGGACAGGUCCGCCUCAGGUUUCCCGAGGUCCCUGUGAUGGCGCUCACGGCCACGGCAACCCAGAACGUCAUUGUGGACAUCAGGCACAACCUGGGAAUGACAAACUGCAAGACCUUCUCGCAAAGCUUCAACCGCCCCAACCUGUACUACGAGGUCCGGACGAAAACGUCGAAUGCUGAUGCAAUGGAGAAGAUCGCCACCUUGAUACAGGCCAAGUAUCGGAAUGUGACAGGCAUUGUCUACACCAUCUCCAGAAAGCAGGCAGAGAGCGUUGCCGAGAAGCUGCGCGACAAUGGGAUAGCAGCGCGACACUACCACGCCGCCAUCGACCCUCAAGAGAAGGUUGAGGUUCAAACAGCCUGGCAAAAAGGAACCGUGAAGGUGGUCGUGGCGACCAUAGCCUUCGGCAUGGGCAUCGACAAGCCAGACGUGAGGUUCGUGAUGCACCACGGGCUGCCCAAGAGCCUGGAGGGCUACUACCAGGAGACGGGCCGGGCAGGCAGAGACGGAAAACCCUCCGACUGCAUUCUGUUUUACGGAAAGGGGGACAUAAGGGUCCUCAAGAAACUGAUAGCUGAUGGAGAGGGCAACGACGAGCAGAAGGAGCGGCAAAUGGUCAUGCUGAACCGAGUCACGUCCUUUUGCGACAACAAGUCGGACUGCCGGCGGACAGAGGUCCUUCGUUAUUUCGGAGAGGACUUCAUGCCGGCGCAGUGCCAAAAGUCGUGCGACAACUGCCAGGCCGGACUCGUCUUUGAGCAGCAAGAUUUCUCGACAUACGCCAUCGCUGCCAUCCGGGUCGUCCAGAACCAGAGAAGACUAACGGCGAACCAGUGUGCCGACAUUUUGCUGGGAAAGAAGUACCCCAACCACGAGCAACAGAAUUCUGACGAUUACCAUGGUAUGGCCAAGGGUCUCAAGAAACACGAGGUUGUUCGGGUCAUCGAUCGCCUGUCUGCGGAAAAGGCUUUCCGCGAGAACAACGUCGUUGGCAACUACGGGGUAGCCAUACAGUAUCUUCAGGUUGGGCCGACUGCGCGCCUGUUUCUGAUGCAGCAGCGCAAGCUCAUGCUCACGAUCCAAGUCUCCGAGGAGCCCAAGGGCUCCAAGUCCAAGUCCAAGGCUGCGAAAAAGGGCAAGGGCCAGGAAGCCUCGCCGAUGCAGUCGACAUAUGUGUCAUCGCCAAUGGGCAGACGCAAGUCUCGGGCAAGGGCGGUGGUGGAGAGCGAAGACGAAGGCGACCUGCCCACGACGUCGCACGGCUAUAGCAAUGAUGGGUUCAUUGUCUCAGACGAUGAAAUGCGGGAAGACGACAACGAGGAUGACGCCUUUGACCCCUUGCCGCAGCAUCGUCCGGCUAAACCGGCCUCUCAAAACAAAUUCAGUCCCCAAAUAACGUCCGACGAGCGACUGGGGAAUCUUUCCGAGAUACACCAAGACCUUGUCAAUGCCUUCGUGCCAGAGGCCCAGAAAUUGGAGGAACAGAUUCGCAAUAAGAAGGAGCUCAGGCGGCCCCUCUUCACGGAGCGCGAUUUUCGAGAGAUGGCCAUGAACUGGACCACGUCCCUUGAAAAGAUGAACCGCAUCCCUGGCAUCGAUCCCGAGAAGGUCAGGGAACAUGGGCCGAAACUACUGCCACUCCUGCGCCAGCACCACGAACUGUACCAACAAAUCGCCGAGGCAAACGACGAAGCCCCAGGAAGUCAGGAAAUUGUUGAUCUAAUAAGCUCGGACAUGGAAAUGGAAGUGGACUUGAUGGACGGGGCGGCGGGCGAAGACUCUCACUACUUCAACGCCAGGCCGAGGCCGGAAGUCGAAGCCUUUCACAGCAGGCUUCAGGGUCUCAACAGCCAGCAGCAGCAGCAGACCCAGUACAAGGCGCCCAAGUCCUCGUUCAAGGGCGGCAGCCGCAAGUUUUCCGGCAAGAAAUGGCAGAAGAAGGGCGCCGGCGGGUCGACGAGGCGCAAGAGCGGUAGCUUUGGGAGGAGGGCUAGCGGCGGCUCCUCAGCCACGGCGUCGCGGUCGACAAUGAGCGGCAGCUCGAGGAAGGAUGGCAAGAUCGUCAAGAAGUCUGGGGGAGGCAUUGGGCUGAUGCCUCUGUAA